AUGGCGGCGGGGCCGUUGCUGCUGGCGCUCGGGGCGCUGCUGGCGCUGCGCGGAGCGGCGGCCGGGGACGGCGGCUGGCGGAGGGGCGUCCCGGGGCCGCCGGCCGAGGAGCGCUGCACCGUGGAGCGCCGCGCCGACCUCUCCUACGCCGAGUUCGUGCAGCGCUACGCCUUCCAGAGGCCCGUGGUGCUGCGCGGGCUCACGGACAACGCGAAGUUCCGCGCCCUGUGCGCCCGCCAGGAGCUGCUGGCCGCCUUUGGGGACCGCGUGGUCCGGCUGAGCACAGCCAACACCUACUCAUACCGGAAAGUGGACUUGCCCUUCCGGGAGUACGUGGAGCGAAUGCUGGGGCCGCAGGACCCCGCGUCCCUGGGCAAUGACACCCUCUACUUCUUCGGGGACAACAACUUCACCGAGUGGGCCUCGCUCUUCCGGCACUAUGUCCCACCCCCGUACGGGCUGCCGGGCACCGUGCCUGCCUACAGCUUCGGGAUUGCAGGAGCCGGCACCGGGGUGCCCUUUCACUGGCACGGGCCUGGGUACUCGGAGGUGAUCUAUGGCCAUAAGCGCUGGUUCCUCUACCCACCGGGGCAGACGCCCCACUUCCACCCCAACAAGACCACGCUGGCCUGGCUCCGGGACACGUACCCAGGCCUACCUUCGUCUGCCCAGCCACUUGAGUGCACCAUCACAGCUGGAGAGGUGCUCUACUUCCCUGACCGUUGGUGGCACGCCACGCUCAACCUGGAAACCACCGUCUUCAUCUCCACCUUUCUGGGGUAGUGGGGCCGCACGGUCAGGGCUGGGUGGUGCUCACGUUUUAUUGCAGGGACAGCCUCCAC